UUCACCUUCAUCGUCUUCCUCACAUGACUCUUCCCUAAAUUUCCCCUCUGUAUUAUUUUGAAGCUCAAACUUCGCUUCUUUCAAUUCUCCGGCGCCAAAAAUGCCUUUCAAAAUCCUCCACUCUUCUUCUUCUUCAUUCGUUCCUCGUUUCCAUUGCCCCAAUAUUCUCAAACCAUUCUCUCCCUCUUCCUUUCCCCUCACUCGUCCAUUUCUCUCCUCCCCCACCAUUUCUUUUCCUUCCUCUUCCAUUUCCUCCCCUUCACCUCUCCAUUUCUCGUCGCGGAAUCGCCGCCGAUUCCCGGUUCUUCGCGUUGAGAUUGAGAGAGAAAUUGGCAUUGAAGUACAAAAAGAUGAACAAGUAUUGGGGAUUGAAGGAGAAGAAUUGGGGAACCAGGGGUUGUUGAAUCAGUUGAAGGAGAUUGUUACGUUUACUGGGCCUGCUAUUGGAUUGUGGAUUUGUGGACCUUUGAUGAGUCUCAUUGACACUGCGGUUAUUGGCCAGGGAAGCGCUGUUGAGCUUGCUGCUUUAGGCCCUGCGACAGUUUUAUGUGAUUAUACGAGCUAUGUGUUUAUGUUUCUUAGUAUCGCUACUUCAAACAUGGUAGCCACGGCCCUUGCCAAACAGGAUAAAAACGAAGUGCAGCAUCAUAUAUCUGUAUUGCUGUUUGUUGGAUUAAUGGCUGGCUUCUUGAUGCUCUUAAGUACCAAACUAUUGGGUUCGGUGGCCCUAACUGCUUUUGUGGGGGCAAAGAAUGCAGACAUCAUACCUGCAGCAAAUACCUACAUUCAGAUUCGAGGUUUGGCAUGGCCCGCAAUUCUUACUGGCUGGGUCGCUCAAAGUGCAAGUCUUGGCAUGAAAGAUUCCUGGGGACCUUUGAAGGCUUUGGCAGUUGCGAGUAUUGUAAAUGGUAUAGGUGAUGUGGUCCUAUGCAUGUUUUUAGGAUAUGGGAUUGCUGGUGCUGCGUGGGCAACCAUGGCAUCACAGAUUAUUGCAGCUUAUAUGAUGAUAGAAGCACUGAAUAAGAAAGGAUACGACGGAUAUUCUCUAUCAGUUCCCUCGUCUGGUGAAUUUUUGUCAAUACUUGGCCUUGCUGCUCCUGUAUUUCUAACAAUGAUGUCAAAGGUGGUUUUUUAUUCUCUCCUCAUUUAUUACGCUACAUCUAUGGGCACACACACCAUGGCUGCUCAUCAGGUUAUGAUUCAAACAUUUUGUAUGUGUACCGUUUGGGGUGAACCUCUAUCUCAAACUGCUCAAUCAUUUAUGCCUGGGUUGAUAAAUGGAGUGAAUCGUAGUUUGGAUAAGGCUUGGAUGUUGCUAAAGUCACUCAUGAUCAUAGGAGCUAUAUUUGGUUUGGUAUUAGGGACUAUUGGAACAUCAGUUCCUUGGUUGUUCCCCAAUCUCUUCACACCCGAAGAGAAGAUUAUUCAGGAGAUGCAUAAAGUGUUGAUUCCAUAUUUCUUGGCUUUAGUCAUAACACCCCCGACUCAUAGCUUAGAAGGGACAUUAUUGGCUGGACGAGACCUAAAAUAUAUUAGUUUGUCAAUGACUGGCUGUCUUUCUCUUGGUGCCCUCGUAUUGUUGAUUAUUAGCACUAGAGGUUAUGGUUUGACAGGCUGCUGGUAUGCCUUGGUUGGAUUCCAAUGGGCUCGAUUUCUUAGCGCUCUUCGGCGCAUCCUCUCUCCUAAUGGAAUACUUAGCAGUGAUCUAAGCCACAAUGAACUAGAAAAGCAAAAGGCUACAUAGGUAACUGUCCAUUUGAGCUGCUGUAGAUACAAUUCAAUAGUUUUUCGAUGUCUUUGCCAUUCAAGUUUGAUAAAGGAAUGAAUCUAAACGGAAAGGUUGUGUUGGCGUAAGAAGCAUACAACUUUACAAGCAACUUUUGAAGGUUUUGCUCCUGAAUGAAAGGUAAAACAAAAAGUAGAACAAAAUUUUAUCUUGGGCUUCUUUUAGUUUUACCUUAUAAUAUCUGCUGUGAAGCCUUCUUUUUUUGCUUCAUAAAGAGUUGCAUUUUAGGCUGAGUUUUGUGUAGUAAUUCAUAAAGUUUAUUAUAGAUAGACAAUAUGGAAAUUAUAAAUGCUAAAUGCAUACAUGUCAUAACUUUUCUUGAAGCAAGUGUAUAUCAUUCAAUUGUAGCCAAAAUCUGUAAUUGGAGUUCAUAUUUUAAUAUUAGCAUCAGUUUGAUAUCAA